AUGACGCAGGCCACCAACCAGCACCGAGUCGGAGAGGCUUCUGCUGUCGGCAGCCAGCAAGAGGCGGUAGGAGGAGAUGAGGUGGACACGAACAACGAUGAUCCCACCGUCGGCAUGGAUGACAAUAAUGAACACAUGGACAUUGAUGAUAUCCAUACCGGUGUCGGCCACCCCAGCCGCGAGGCUCUGGAGGAAGUAAUAUUCGGACUUCUGGGCAACGCCACAAACGGCCAGGAUCCGACGCAGCAACCGCACAUACUGACGCAGCUAUCGUCGAUGCUGGAAGGCUUGCUGCGAGGCCAGCUGAUUCGCGAGGCGAUACUGCUGACACCCUGGACGGAGUAUCUUGCUGUGCGUCGCACGGUUUCCCCGAACAUGGGCGGCCGGCCCUGCGACCCGGCAUGCUACACCGGCAGCAGUAGCAAGGUCGCGCAGGCGCUACAGGCCGCCGGGCUGCUGCCCACACCGCCUGAUGCAGCUAGGUCAACCAGCGCCAACAGCAGCACCGGCAUCAGCACCAGCAGUAGCAGCAGUGGCGGCAGCAGCGGCGGUACGGCCUCCCUGCAGGACUACUGCGACAGCUGCGGCCCUCCGCUGUGGGUGGUUCCGGAGCAUCUGGCGCUGGGGGUGGACAGGCAGCAGAUGUCGCAGAUGCAAAUUCACGGCUACAGGCUACAGAUGAUUUUGAAGCUCACCGUCAGCUCCCUCAUCAGCACCCGCCAUUACUUGGUCAUGGACAGCGACGUGCUCAUGGUUCGCCACGUGGGCCCUCAACAGGCGCACUGGCUGUUCCCGGAGCCAGGGAAGGCCCUAUACCAGCCCCAACGACGUGUCGUACAUCACCGUUGGUGGAACACUACGGAGGCAGUCCUGGGCCUGGGGGGCUGCUUAUCUGCUGACCCAGACACGAGUGUCUUCGGCGUCACCCCCGCCCUCCUCGCCACCGACAUUUCUGCCAGUGUGUCCCGUUACUGGGACGAGCACCUGGGUGGCGGCUCCAGGCUGCGAGCCCUAGGGGAGCUCCUUCCCAGACGGCGGCCCUUCCUCACCGAGUACUGCUCCUACCACUUGGUGGCGGAAUGCGUCAUGGGUAACGGCACGAUGAACGAGUACCAUGCACUGCCGCGACACCGCCGCCUCCUUUCUAAUGGGGCAUCUGUCGGGAACAGGGAUGAGCUGGAGGGCGAGAACGCGCCGCCGGUGCUGUACCGCGGGUUGUGGCAGAGCGGAUCGUGGUCAAAGCCCGGGGGACGCGCGACGGUGUGCAAGGACUGUGUUUUCUUGGUAGUGCAGAGCGACACGGGGGUGCCCGAGGACCUGCUGACCAGCCAGGUCGCGCGGGGUUGCCAGAGGAGCAAGGCCCCCUGGCUCGUUCCGGGCAUUGGGCAGGUGGCGCCCGACAAGAAGUACCCGCUGCGGCAGCUCUGGAGCAGUGUCCGCACGUGCGGCCGUGGGCGAUCCGGAACCGCCGCUGGCACGCGCGGUGGUCGAGGGUGUGGACGCAGCAGUGGCGGGAGAACUGGGCGCGGGACAGGGCGCGUGGAGAGCAACACAGGCGGUGGAGCCGAGGAGGCAUGGGUGUCUGGAGAGAACGAUGUGAUUCAGGAUGAGGAUACCACCAACUACGAUGCGUUCAAGGAGUGGGUCGGCGAGGUGCCAAGAGCAGCUAAGGGCGAAGCUGGCAAGCACAGGCGGGGUGGCGGUGAUGACGACGACCUGGGUGCGAGGUCGGGGCGCAAGGUUGGAAAUAAACGGCUGAAGGGGAACAAGGGCGCAGGCCGGGGCAGGGGUGCAAGCAAGGGGACCGCCAGAGUCUCUAAUGCAGCGAUCGGGAGAAUAACUCUGCUGGCGAUGCUGCUGGGUUUGGUGCUGCUGCUCCCUGGGAGCCACCUGUCCAGCAUCACUUCGAGCGGACGUCCCCAUCGCCGCCGCAUAGCGUACACGCCUUCCAGGCAGCAGCUCGUCAUCACCAACAAUGUCAACAGCAUCAUCAGCGACCGCACCACCUCCACCUCCACCUCCACCGCCACCUCCACCUCCAGCACCACAGCCACCAACCAGCACCGAGUCGGAGAGGCCUCUGCUGUCGGCAGCCAGCAAGAGGCGGCUGGUGGAGAUGAGGUGGGAGCUGCAGAUGUGGCCACGGACUACUACUACUACACAAAAAAGGAUGUAAACACGGACAAGGACAAGGACACGGGAACGGAAGCGGGCGGUCAUCAUACGACCCAGGAUUUGCAGCAGCCCCGGCCGCGUCUCUUGCACCAACGGACUUUGGAUGGGCAGGGCCCCGAGCAACAGGUACAACAGCAGAAUCAUCAGCUUCCCCAGCUGACCAUCCUGUUGCUGACCACUUUCAAAGAUAUCGGCCGGGCGUUAAUGAGCAUCACCUCCGUGAAGACGCACUUGGCUCCGGAGCUGAUCCGCGAGGGGAUACUGCUGACACCCUGGACGGAGUAUCUUUCGUUGCGUCGCACGGUUUCCCCGAACAUGGGCGGUCGGCCCUGUGACCCGGCAUGCUACACCGGCAGUAGUAGCAAGGUCGCGCAGGCGCUACAGGCCGCCGGGCUGCUGCCCACACCGCCUGAUGCAGCUAGGUCAACCAGCGCCAACAGCAGCACCGGCAUCAGCACCAGCAGUAGCAGCAGUGGCGGCAGCAGCGGCGGUACGGCCUCCCUGCAGGACUACUGCGACAGCUGCGGCCCUCCACUGUGGGUGGUUCCGGAGCAUCUGGCGCUGGGGGUGGAGAGGCAGCAGAUGUCGCAGAUAGACAUUUACAACUACAGACUGCAGAUGAUUUUGAAGCUCACCGUCAGCUCCCUUAUCAGCACCCGCCAUUACUUGGUCAUGGACAGCGACGUGCUCAUGGUUCGCCACGUGGGCCCUCAACAGGCGCACUGGCUGUUCCCGGAGCCAGGGAAGGCCCUAUACCAGCCCCAACGACGUGUCGUACAUCACCGUUGGUGGAACGCUACAGAGGCAGUCCUGGGCCUGGGGGGCUGCUUACCCACCCAUCCGGAAACUCGUGUCUUCGGCGUCACCCCCGCCCUCCUCGCCACCGACAUUUCUGCCAGUGCGGCCCGUUACUGGGACGAGCACCUGGGUGGCGGCUCCAGGCUGCGAGCCCUAGGGGAGCUCCUUCCCAGACGGCGGCCCUUCCUCACCGAGUACUGCUCCUACCACUUGGUGGCGGAGUGCGUCAUGGGUAACGGCACGAUGAACGAGUACCAUGCACUGCCGCGACACCGCCGCCUUCUUCACACUGCUGGCGGCGGCGGCAAUGGCGGUGACGACGAUACGGCUCCGCCGCCGGUGCUGUACCGCGGGUUAUGGCGCAACGGAUCCUGGCUACAGCCCGGAGGUCGUGCGACAACAUGCAAGGACUGUAUUUUCCUGGUGGUCCAGAGCAACGCGGGGGUGUCAGAGUCCAGAGUGGUUGGAGACCUUGAGGAGGUGUUUGCAUGA